AUGAACAAAAAACCGAACAUCGACAUACUCAAGGAGCCGAAAGGAUUCAUAAAAGGAAUCGAGCUUGUAAGUUUAUCGCACAUCCAUGUUGUUUUGUAUCUGGUUUUUAGUUUUUUUGGCUCUGAUCGCGGUGAAUACAGCUUAUUAGCUGAUAACAUUGCUGCAUGAAAGCUGCUACAAAAAUAACGAUUUGUGAAUAACAUCUUUUGUGCGUGUAAGCUGUUUUGCUUUACUGAUAUCGAAUCUACAUCCCCUAUUUUUUCUUUAUUUUUAUAAUCGUUAGUAAUAAAGUUUUCCCCCUAAACGAAUAACAUUGUGAUCGCAUGUACAGCUAGUUAACAGUGCGUGAUUAAUCCAUACGUGAAAAAAAUAUGUCAAAUAACUAAAUUUAUAAUCGGUCUUUAUAUAUGCAUUUCUUCGAAAACAGUCUAAUAUAUAUUUGGCUAUAUCAGACUGCUUCAGUUAUAGAGGCAAUCCCUUUGUGAACUGAGAUCUAGAAUUCCCUGCUGUACAACUGUAGGCCUAAAAAUAUUACUUUCUAACAGAUAAUAUAAACGUAACAGAACAAAUAAUUUCUGCAAUUUAAGCUUACGUAAGUGUCUAUAAAAAAAAGUGAUUUGAUUUGGUUAAAUACUUUGGCCCUGUUCAAAUUAAGCAGGUUAAGAUAUCGUUCAUCAAUGUUGCAUACGUCUGGUACAUGUAUAAUAUGUUCAAAGACAACUAUUUAAGCAAUAGAUAACGCUUUCCGUGUUUGCAUAGCCUGAUAUAAACACGAGAGGGGUUGGGAGAAUUCGAGACAGUUAUGCAAACCCUCGACUUCGUCUCGGGUUUGCAUAACCGUCGAGAAUUCUCCCAACCCCUCGAGUGUUUAUAUCGGGCUAUGCAAACACUGGAAAAAAGUUUUCUAUUGCUUUUAUAAAAUAACUUUCCCGAGAAAAAAACGCAGAACUUUUUGUAUGGCACUGAUUAAAAGAGAAAUUCAUACCAGUCCCAAAAUCUUGCCCACGAAGUCUUGUACGCGUAAUCAGUUCUUGUUUUGCAAAAAGACGCUUUGCAAAAUACGGAUUUUUCUCGCUUAAAAUGUCAGCUUAAGCAAAGAAAAAUUGACUCACCUUCUUUGUAACGAUUUUCCAUGUUUCAGCCAAGGAAGGAAUGGGUAAAUAAAGUAAACUUGUUGAGUUUUGAACUUGAAAACUUUUUCAAAUUCGUGCUUGCGUGAUUAGUGCGCGAAAAGCCUAACAACUUGACACCACAACCAUGUUUACAUACUCUCAUGCAAACACUCCUCUCAGCCAAUCAGAGCCCGCGUACUAUCUUAGUUAUUUUAUAAAAAAACAUCUGUGACCUUUCUUUAAAUUAUUUUAUUAUUCAUUCAAAAUAUUUCCCCGAUUCUGAUUGGCUAAAAGCACACGUUUAAUUUACCGUAACCAGUUACUGAUGACCAAAUUUGGAGGAAUUUUGUUUUUAGCGAGGAAAUGACGUCAAAAAUGCAGCGUUCUUGCAGGUUAAUGCACCAUUAACCAAGAAGACCUGGGGAUGAGGUUGAGUUGUUUUGGUUGUGAACUUGAAAAAUGGCGGACAUUUCACUUGUUUCAAGAGAAAGAACUAGGCAAAAAAAUAGCUAAAAACAUGACAAGAACAGCAAGAAGACAACUUGAAGGGCGACAUCUGCUAUUUGAAGAAUAUUUGCGGAGCUGAACGACCCUAAACGUGCACUAUCAAAGGUGAACAUAACAUCGAUGUAGGUAAGCAUGUUUUAGCCAUGUUUUUAAACUGGGAAUUAUUUUGAAUGAAUAAUAAAACAAUUAUUCAAUUUGGCUUUCGUAUCAUAUGAAAAAUUAUGGAGAUCUCAGGAGUGUUAUCUGCCUGGGCUGUCCUACGGCCUCAACGCAUAACACCCUCCAAGAUCUCCAUAAUUCUUCAUAAGAUACUCAGCCUCAUUCAUUAAUUGUUAAAUAAUUGCCAGCUGGACAGGGCUGAAUAACGUACUACGCAUGUCUGUGACAUCACUUGUUUACUUGUCUAGCCCGUGCACAAAGCAUUCGUGCAAAGUGAAAUUCUUUCAUCUGAGACUAUUAUUUUUAUCUUUGACCAUCUGUUAUCAUAUUUGUGAAUGCCAAUGAGGGAGAAAUUCUACAAAUACGUUAGAAAUGCAACUCAUGGAAAGAAAUGCUACGUAAUCCAGGACCAAGGAAAACGUACUUAAUGUGAUUUUUGCAUUUUUGUCAGGUUAUCACCAUCUUUGCAUUUGCAACAGUAGCAGGCGCUCUUGGUCAUUUAGAGUUUUCGGUCAAAUGCAGUGGUGGCAAUCCACCAUCACGUCGAGUCAAAGCAGAUUUCUCUUACCCAUUUAACAGUAUGCGUGUAUAUGCGUCAAGUAAGACGAGUUGUACAAAUGAGACAGGAUUUGCCACCAAAGAAACAUUGCCCCUCAGUUACAAAUCUGAAGCAGAGUACUUUGUCUUCACUGGUGUGGUCUCCAUGAUCUUUGUGCUAGUUGCAGCAACUUAUUAUCUGUUUUUUGAAGACCGCGCCAAGGAUGCAACCGCAACUGAUAUUGGUUUGCUUUCGUUCCCAGUUGUGGUGAGAAUUUUUUUGUUGUUGUUGUUGUUUUCCUACGUGGGAGCGAGGAGUGCUCUUCUUGAUAAAUGACUCUGAUACUUCUCAUAACGUUUUGACAGGAUGUAAAGAAAGUCAGUUUUACAGCUUGCCAUUCCGGCAAACUGAAGCUAGCAUUUACUAGCCCAAAUGUUAUUUCAACUAUCCCCGAAAACCUUUUGAUGAGCAGAAUUGAUCUCACAGUUCUUCUCCCAAAAUUUGAAUUCUUCAAAAAACUUCACUUGCCCAUAGCACAAGUUAAGAACAGAGUUAUACAGUAGCUUGAUGAUAAAAUUUGGGCUAUCAGACACUAAAUUUCUUUACACACUGUUUUGAGUGUAAAAUUUGUAGGAUUGGUACGACUUGGUUGAUACUAAAAACUAAAAUGAUCCUAGUCGAGUUACUGUGGUAUGAUUUUGAAAAGGAUAGGGAACUGUUUGUGCUAGUUGAAAAUUUUUAACAUAUACUGAUAAGCAUACCCCACCCAAUGUUUUUAUUGUGGAGUCCUCAUUGACGUUUGCUCUUCAUUCUUUCCCAAAUCAAAAGUCAGUCAAAUGGUUUGGCAGAAAAAGUGGCAUAGUGAAAAUGUGACUCUCAACAGACUUAAUGAAUAACUUGUAGUUCAUUUUUAAUCUCUCUCAAACCUGAUUGGCCAAACAAACAAUAGAUUUUGCAACAAACCUAUCAAGGCACAUACUCAAAUCCUGUUACACAGUUGGGGAAUCAGGAAAAGGAUUUUGGCACUGACUCAGACAGACCUAACGAGAGGUGUAGUCUAUUCUGUGGUGCAGUAGUGAAUAUUACAAUAAUAUUUAGUAAAAUUCAGCUAGUGGUCUAUUGUCAAUGCUGCGUUCUGAUUGGUUGAGCUACUACUAGGCUAUAUGUUAUAGCCCACUAGUAGCGAAAAGUGCGGGCUUUUUGGCGGCAAAAAAGGAUUAAAGUCUAGCUAUAACUAGCAAAAUUUCUUUAUUCUUGAUAUUUUUGACCAACUAGUUGGAUUUUACUAAAACAAUUAUUCCUCUCACCCUCAUGGCCUAUGAGUUAAUAGCCCAUUCGGCCUUCAGCCUCAUGGGCUAUUGACUCAGAGCCCAUUCGGGCUCGAGGAAUAAUUGUUAAAGAGCUAGUUGUUGUAGCCCUGGAACUGCAAAGAAGAGUAGCUGCUUAACUCAUGUGUAACUUAAGGUAUGGUAACAUGAGCAACAAAAGCAUGCAACUUGUUUUGCAACAUGGCUGCAAAAAUGUGUUGAAGAGCGAUGUUAUGCAUUUUACCACCCACAUUCAAACCUGUCUUGUAACAAGUAAAGAUACUGCAAGUAGUGUGAAUACAGGCUUCUGAUUGGAUAGAACUAUGUGGGAAUCGGGCCAUAAUCAUGAGUAACUUACGUCACUUGCUGCAAGACAAGUUUGUCUUGGGCCGAGGUAAAACACACAACAUUUACAGAUUUUGUUGCAAAAAGUAGAACUAUUCUCUACUUUCCGCAAUAACUUUUCGCAAGCUGCAACGACCUGAUUUGUUGCAAGACAGGUUUGAAUUUGAGUAGUAAAACAUGCAACAUCGCUUUUUAAUUCAUUUUGCAGUAAUGUCGCCAAACAAAUUGCACGAUUUUGUUGCCUGUUUUACCGUACCUUUACUAAAGGUGACUUUUGCCUACAGACUAUUCUUUUACCAAGAAGCUGCAGGCUAAGCCCUCUAACUUUGGGUAACAAAAACCCUUUUUCUUUGUCUAUAACUUAAUCAGUUAAAUUCCUAUCAGUUGUGAACUUUUUACCUUCCCUCUUAUUAUGUUUCUUAGGUUGCUUAUCAAAAGUCAGAACUUGCUAGCCAGACCAAUCAUUUUGAAUUAGAAAUAACUUAAAUGUGGCUAAAUAUAAUUUAGGCGAGGUUAAACACAAGAUAAUGCUGGCCAGUGGUCCAAAAAUGAGCAUUUCGGGGCAAAUUGUCUCUGAGAUCGUAGCCCAGUUAUGCUUAGAAAACUCCAUACAAACCUUUUUAAAUUUUUUUGGGUCGACCCCAAAAAAAUUAGAAGGAUUUGGAUGGAGUUUUUUGAGUAUAACCGGCUAACAUCUCAGAGACAAUUUGCCCAGAAAUGCUCAUUUUUGGCAAGUAGGCCUCUUGGACAUUGUUCUUUCAGAAUAAUAUCCUUACAAAUUCCAUAAUUUCAGAAAUGUCAUUUUUAUGACAUCAUCACUUUAACCCUGUUUUCUGUUAUUUCUCGAUUUAGGAUUUUGUUUUCACCAUUGUACUUGUGAUCUUCUGGUUCACCAGUUCUAUUGCUUGGGCCUCUGGUUUGUCUGGCCUGAAAAAGGCUACCAGUGAAGACGCUAUUUUUAAAGCCUAUAAGCCAUGUCAUGCCGAUUAUCCAUAUACUAAUGGUUGCAGCUCAUUUGAUGGUGCUAGGUAUGGUGCUGCUACAGUUGCAGUGGUAGGUGAUCACCUUUAAAUCAGGACUUGAAAAAAGCCCCAUUGGUUGUCUGGGACAAGUAGAUUUUCUUGCUGGGACAAGUAACUUUUAAAGUUCACUUGUCCAGUGGGGAAGGGUCCAGGCAGGUCAUCCUCUAACAAAAUCAUCAACUAGGAUUAGUAAGAAGUAGGGUUUGAGCCAGGAUUUGACUGCUGGGGGACAAUAAAAUUUGUCCCCUUGGCUAAAAUUUUGGGGGACAUUUUCAUUUUUAGGGGGACAGAAAAAUUAAUUUUUAUUCAACAAUAUUUAAUUUUUUUACUUUCGUACAGGCAAGCUAACAAAAACAUUUUUUUUUUACCUGAUCCUUGUAAUACAAGCUAAGUGAUACAAACAAGAAAAGUUAAGUUUUUGGUGUCAAGACUUUUUUUUUCUCAUCAUAUUUAAACAGAGGAUCGAUGCUUUAUACUUCAAAACAUUUCACAGCAGAAUCUCGUCCUGGCAACCUCUUGUAAACUUCAAUUCCUUUCUUAAUUACUGGUAGACAUACACCUCCUUUUCAUCGCGUCACCAUGUGUGAUCUCGCAACCAAGUUUUCUGGAAAGUUUGUGACUUUUUCGGUUUUCUUCGAUCCUCAUCCAUUUCUUCCUGAUUAAUACACUGUUCCUCUUCUGUAUCAUUUUUCUCUGAUCUACUUUGGCUUCGAUUUGGGGCAAAAAGCUUUCUAUUGUUCGAAAACGUUAUCGAUGUGACAUGUUGAAGAUCGCCAGGUGCGUUCACUGUGCUUGGUUGAGCAUUAGACGUACGUGUUCAGUAGAGCGUGACUGAAACGUGACUUUAGAAUGAACUUUAAACGUGCAAUAAAAUAUACUUUUCACAUUCUGGUUUAGCUUGCAAUUUUUGUACUGAGCUAAAUCUCUUCAUGUGUGCUUUCCUGGCCUGGCUCAAACCCUGCACACGGCAAUCAGGUCAAACCAAACUCAUGUUGAGAAGGAAGCCAUGUCCCUUUCCUGUGUAUUGUAUUUGUGCUUUUCUUUUUUGCUGUUUCACUUUCAUCCCAUUUUUGUGCUGUUUGUCACCAUUUCAGCUGUAUUAUUUCACUGUUUCAAGGCAGGGGGUACUCCGGAUUUCAAGUGACAGGGAUGAUCAAUGAAUUUUUUUAGGUUUGAAAUUUUCGAUUUCGGGAUUUUUUGGGGUAAGAAAGUGUUGGCAAGUAUUUUUUGGGGUAGCUUGAUUGAAGUAGGGAUUUUUGUGAGUAUUUAAACAAUCUGAAGUUUUAUGUAACAGCGUAGUUGCCGUGUACACCUGACCGUGUAGUUUCUUGAAUAAAGUAAAACAAAACUUGUGUUGUGGCUGCUUCUGCUUUCUGGAAAUAUUUUUGGCUUGGAAAUUUGGCAUGGGAUUUUUGGGGGGUUACAUUUUGGUCCAAGGAUUUUUUGGGUUUGUUUGAAGCCGUAGAGAUUUUUUUUGUUUUUCAGUUUUGUUCCCAUUCGAUCAUCCCUGUCACUUGAAAUCUGGAGUACCCCCCGCCCCCCCACCCCUCUGGGGUUUCCAGGCCAUGUCAUGUGUCAAAAUUUUACCCUUAUAAUAGUCACAUCAAGUUAAGGGUAACGAUUUAAACUCUGAGUGUUAUCUUUUAGGUGUUUGGAUUUCUCAACUUCUUUGUCUGGGCUGGAAAUCUUUGGUUCUUGUUCAAAGAAACCCCGUGGCACAGCCCCAAGAGUUCUGGAGUAAGAGGAAAUGAAAUUCCUCAGGAACCUCCGCAUCAGGAUACUCCUCCAGCUAAUUCAGUCUGA